UAUUUUAUUUUAUUAUUUUUUUUUUUCCCGCAAAAUGAUUCUGUGCAAAUGGUGAAAAAGGUGCAUGCUUUUUACUCACAGGAGGGCUAAGUACCGAUUGAAAAAAAAAGGUCCUCUCAGCUGUGUUGGGAGGGCGCCAGGGUAAGCGCUUCAGUUUUAUUCCGUUAAUGGCUGGCUUUGUAAAUUAGCUCCGCUCCUUGGCGUCAUUUCUUGGCUCCGUUUCUCGGAAUCCAUUCCCCCCUGCGGCUUACAUGCACACAAGUACGAAUACACUUACGCGCCAGUGGAAUGUCUAGACAAGCCUGGAACAAAAAUGGAUCAACAGCAUUGUGUAGAGUGUGGCCAUUUUAUGAAGGAAAAAAAAAAGGAUGGAAGGAGUCCCCAUUUGGAAAAACUCCCCAUCGAUAUUAACGGUGAAAAGUUCUGCCAGGAUUUUAAGAGUUACUUGAGGAAUGUGAACCAAGCAUUUAUGCACUCGCGCCAUGAAGUGUUUUCCGCUUGCAACUGGAGCAAUUUGGAAAGGGUCCUAGCCGAUUAUGGGUCCAGCGAUGUUGUAAAAGAGUUCAGUGCGAGAUUGGCUUGUGCGCGCAGUUUUAGGCUGGAGUUGACAGAGAGUUAUAAGAUGCACAAGGAGGAUCAGUACAUGGAAAGCACUUUGGAGCGGGAGAGCCACAUUAGACACCGCAACUUAAAACAGAGGCGCUACGAGCAGAUGGAGAAGCAGAUGCUCGCACGGAACCAGAGGGAGUACAGGGACUUCGAAAGGAAAGAGCUGCAAAAGGAGCGCGAUGAGGGGAAACAAAAAAUGCAAGGCGUGGUGAAGAGCAUCAUCCACGCCGCGUUCAAGGUGGCACAAAUGGGAACCACCUACGGCGAUUCCUAUUUUUACGACACGUUGUUCUCCUUGGAGAAGUCUUUUUUUAUGAAGAAAAUAAAAAAUAUGAGUGAGCUUGCCCAAAACAACACCCGCAUGAAUGAGCUAACUGUGGCGAGCAGGCCGAUGGGCGUGUGUGAGAAAGGGGAGAAAAAAGGGGAAAAAAAAGAGCAAAAAAUAGGAGAGAAAAAGGAGCAAAAAAUAGGAGAGAAAAAAGGAGAAAAAGGGCAAAAAAUGGAGGGGAAAACAACCGGAAGCAGGUCUACGGGACCGCUCCUUCGGGGCUUGCCUAACCACCUGAAUUUUCUGAGAUGCCAAGGGAUCGUGGACAAAAUUUUUCGUCUGGAUUUGCGAAACGUCUCAGGUUCGCACAGGGUGACACCAACAUGCACACACGCGUAG